AUGACGUGGAAAACCAAGACCACAUCAUUUUCACUCAGCUUCCUGCAAUGUUGGGAUGGAGUGCUGGGCCAAGACUACAAAGUUGUUAUCAUUGACAGUAUCAGUCACCAUUUUCGUGACGAUGCGGCUUUCAUCAAUGCUCUGGAAUACUUGAGGAGCCACUUGCAACAGCAAGAGGAAAAACUUUCACAUGUUCCCGAAUACAAUGUUUUGAAAGAGGAUUUCGACAGAACUACAAACCAGUACUUUAAAGGGAAUGCAGCGUUUCGAAAACGAGUGUCAAAAAAAUAUUACUUGUUGACAUUGUACACACAUCUUUCUGACCUUGCAAAGAAGCACAAUGUGGCUGUUGUGGUUUCAAAUCAAGUGGGCGACUCUUUCGACCCGAACGACCUAGCAGACGACAUUAUGGAAGACGAACUAAAUGAUCCUUUAAACUUUCAAUCGCAGGUUGGCACUUUUUCGGGUUGGAAUGCCCAAUCCAUGCAUAGAGUCGGAACUGAAGUAGACAAAACCAAGCUUACUAGCCAAACUUCAAAUGAGGGUACUGUCAGUAAGAGGCAACGACUAGCGCAAGAAGAAUACAGAGCGCUGCGCCAAAACAGCCAAAACACUCAGCUAGCAUCCGGACCCAAGAAGAAGAUCGAAGCAUUGGGAUACACAUGGUCCAAACUCGUUCCAACUAAGAUCCUUUUGUGGAAAUCAUACCUUCCGCUGGAGAAUAUGGUGCAAAACAUUGAGAGAAAAGAAGGUACAUUAUUGACUCAACAAAAUUCGGAAAAUCCGCCUUUUUCACAAGAGGUGAGUUCCACCGAUACACUGCAAGGAUGGAUUUUGAAGAGAUACGCUAGAGUGAUUUCAAAUAGCAACACCUACAAUCUCGCUGAUAAGCGAAACUGCGUCGCCUUCUCUAUAGUACCAGAGGGAUUGUGCGAAGUCGCGGACUAG